AAAGAAACAGUGGCCUGGGGAGCUUCGAGUACUCGUACGUGCGUGAAAUAAACUUGGGAAAAGCCCCGGAGAGCGGCAAAGUAGUUUGUUAUUGUGACGCGCGUUAUGUUGGACUCGCGCUGGCGAGCAAACGAUAUAACACGUUGUAUCGCCACUCUCCUUCCUCAUCGACAUCACUCCGGCGUUUUUCUAAAGCUACGGAGCGCGCGUCCGUGUCCAAUGCGUUGGCUGUAUGCGUGAGUGCGCGAACGCCUUAGCAAAGGAUGGUCAGAGGUAGGUAUCGCCACGCCACGGGGGGACGUCACCUUUAUUAAUUUGCUGCCACAGCUUUUAGCCAGGAGUGCGCGGCCGAAAGGAAACAAUAAUAACGCUUCGACCACGCCGCUAAUAACGUGUCCAAGACAUCCGAUAGGCUGACAAAAUGACUUCUAAUAAUAUGUGCGAUAUCAAAGAUGACGUUAAGGAUGCAUUGAAAGAAUUUACAUUUAGAAAAAGUGAAAAAAAUGCUGCUCUUUUAUUGAAAAUUGACAAAGAAAAACAAAAAAUUUGCGUGGAUGAAUUGAUAGAGAAUGUUCAAGUAGAAGAGCUGCAGGACAUAAUUCCAGAACACGAACCGCGCUACAUUAUUUACAGUUAUAAAAUGGAGCACUCGGAUGGUAGAAUAUCAUAUCCCAUGUGUUUUAUAUUUUAUACUCCAAGGGAUAUUCAAAUGGAGUUACAAAUACUCUAUGCCGGAAUGAAAUUAGUAUUGCAAAGAGAAGCACGUCUUACUAGAGUUUAUGAAGUACGUGAAUUGGAAGAGUUGACGGAAGAUUGGCUCAAAGAAAAAUUAAGCAGGUAGAAGAUUGUGAUUCUUAGAUUAAGUUUUUUUACUCCUAUUAA